GCUGGGAGCACAGCACCUCCUUCUGUCUCCAGACUGUUCUUCUCUUGACUAAAACAGACUAGGCAUGAUUAGAUCCCUCCUGCUGCUGCUGCUGUGUGUUUAAACCUAUCUGUUGUUCCAGUGAUGGAAGCAUAGAAUGUUAGAAGCAAAGUUGAUUCCUCUCUCUGCCAGCCACAAAGGAAGAUCCCUAGAUCACUGCAGGAUGCAGCUGCAACAAGGUCAUUCUUCUUCAAGAUGGCACACAAGUUGUGGAGAAGAUGGCGCUUCCCAGCAGCAAUCACAGUAGAAGACCUGCAACUGAUCUGCAUGCCUGCAAGCACCCUGCAAGCCCUGUUCUGCAGUUAUCCCCUCUGGAGAAAGAGAAGGAGCCUCAUCAGGUGUUGGAUGGGAUGGGCAAAACAGGAAGUGACAUAAUGGGUUCCCUACGUAUGUGUACUGUAUGUCUCUGGUGCAGCCUUUUCAACAUCAGUUGUGAAAAGCCUAAGGCAACCAAUGAUCUGCUCUGCAGAAUGGCAGGGCUCGGCCAGACAAGGGAAGGUUUAGGCUGGAAACAAGGUGAGAGCCAAAUUCUUGCCACACUAUGGAGACCCCUGAAGGCAGCACUAACCAAACAACCUACUCCUUGGGAAAUGCCAAAAGGAAUGUGACUUAUUCCCCAUACUACUCGCACUCACCACCUGUUGCCGCCAUCUACAUUGUCGCUUACCUGUUCAUCUUUGCCUUGUGCAUGGCUGGGAACAGCCUGGUUUGUUUCAUUGUACUGAAAAAUAGCCGGAUGAGGACAGUCACCAACCUGUUCAUUCUCAACCUGGCCAUCAGUGAUCUGCUGGUGGGCAUCUUCUGUAUUCCUACCACACUAGUUGACAAUUUGAUCACAGGAUGGCCUUUCAGCAACAGCAUCUGCAAGAUGAGCGGGCUGGUGCAGGGCAUGUCUGUUUCGUCAUCUGUCUUCACUCUGGUGGCAAUCGCUGUGGAAAGGUUCCGCUGCAUUGUCUACCCAUUUAAAUCCAAGAUCAGCCUCUUCCAGGCACUCAAUACCAUUGCCAUCAUCUGGGUACUGGCUAUUACCAUCAUGUGUCCCUCUGCUAUCAAGCUCACAGUGGCUCAGCAGGAGGACAGCUACAUGGUAUACAAUGGCAAUCAGAGCAUGACCUACCCCUUGUAUUCAUGCUACGAGGCUUGGCCCAAUAGUGAAAUGCGCAAAGUCUACACCACUGUGCUUUUUGCCCACAUCUAUGUUGUCCCGCUGACCCUCAUCACAUUCAUGUAUGGCCGAAUUGGGCUCAAGCUGUAUAGGUCCUCAGGCCCAGUAAGUCAGCACCAGGUAGUUCAUGAAGGUCAGUGCAACAUGGCGGUUUCUAGAAGGAAGGUGAAGGUCAUCAAAAUGCUUGUGCUCGUGGCUCUGCUCUUCAUGCUCUCCUGGUUACCUUUGUGGACACUGAUGCUGCUCACAGACUAUGCCAAGCUGGAUGAGCAGCACAUAAAUCUGCUUGCGAGUUACGUUUUCCCCUUUGCGCACUGGCUGGCCUUCUCCAACAGUAGUGUCAACCCCAUCAUCUAUGGCUACUUCAAUGAGAACUUCAAGAAGGGCUUCCAGGCAGCCUUCAAACUCCAAACCUGCUCUGAUGAAAUGGUCCAUCAAGGGGUCUAUGCCGAGCGGACAACCGUCAGCACCAGUGGCUUUGGUACCCGGAAUAAAAUCUUCACUGAUGGGGAGUCCUCCGAUUCAAUGUGCUUGAAGAACCUGCCCCCUCAAGCUCCUUGUGGCCCACAGGCUGGACAUGGCCAGGGACAAGGACCAGGAAUACUGCUGCAGGAUGUCAACGACAUCACACCCCUGAGCAAAGUUUGCAAAGCUUGGGAUGCCUGAGGAGGGUUGAAUCAGCAGAGAUUUUUCUGGGGUCAUUUCCGUUCCUGCAUCUGCAUCUGCCUCACAUGAAUAUGGAUGGGGAUAUUUGGGUGACCACUCAUUCAUAUUUUCUGUGUGCUGAGCAUGUUGUGGGAGUUCUUUCUACAAAUAUUAGAAAAAAAAAACAUAUGGAGGGAGUUUGUCUUCCCUCGCCUGUCCCCAAAUCCUGUAUUGGAAGCCCAAACAAAUAUGGAUUUAAAAAGAGAACAGAAUUUUUCAUUUAUUAUUUCCCCUGUUCAGCCUGUUGCUUUAUUCUUCUUUCUACGUACAUACCCUUAAAGCAUAUUCAAAGCACAUUCUUUCUCUCAAAGAAUUCCAGGCAUUGAAGUUUUUAAGGGUUGCUGGGAAUUGUCAAUUCUGUGAGGGGUAAACUACAGUGCCCAGAAUUCUUUGAGGGAAAGAAAGUGCUUUGAAAGUGCUUUAAAGGUACAAUAUGUACGCAGCUUUCUAGAUUCAAGCCUGUCAUUCUUUUCCACUCUUCCUGGGUGCAUAUUGGGUGAAAAAGGAGGAUUUGGAUACAGAACAUCCAAGCUCUUCUCAUCUGCCCUGAUAUGCCCUGAUAUGUCAUUUUUUAAACCCCCUAUGGAGCACUGCUGAUGGUACAUCUGCACUGGUGGACUUUUUUGCCAGUGUGUGAUGGGGGCUUCAUUUGGAGUUCAAGUGCCACUCUAGUGGUGUGACAGCAUGUCUUAAAGAUCCCAUGACCCACCAGAGGCUGGCUGAUGAGCUGCAGGAUAGUAGUCCAAGUGGUUUUGUAAAUAUUUUUCUGUCCAGUUUUGGAGAUUCAGAUACCAAGUGUAUAACACCAGAAAUGUUGCUAGAUAUUGAAAGGAUUUUGAGCAGGGGUCAACAGAGCGCAAAUUUGGAGGAAAAAACCAAGUGAUAAUUUAUAUGCGCAGAUGUAAAUUUCUGAGCAACUUUCAGAGAGAAACCAACAACUUUCAAUGGAGAGUAUUCCAAAGAAUGAGAGCGGCUAUUGUUGUGUGAAGAAGCUCAGAGAUUCAUGUUGUGGUAACCUUAGUGCCAAUGCUUAGCAAUGUCAAGAACAACACUGUGCUUUCAUGUUUCCAAGGAAGAAUCUCAGUUACUCGUACAGUCUACAACACAGGGAAGAUAGAGUACAGGGAACUGGAGGCUAUGGCUGCCUGGAAGGGACUGGGACCCUUGUACCACUGAGAACUGGUUGUCCAGCACCCCAUUCCCAGUUGGCAUCCUGGGCUCUGUCUCAGCCUUGACAUAUGGUCUUCGAAGAUAACUCCCUGAUGCUGUCCUUGUAGGCUCAUACUGGUGUAAUGGGGAUACUUGGAUAGGUUUUGCAUGCAAUCUCUCCCCCCCCCCAAUUUUUUAAAACUGAUUUUCCAAUAUUAUAACAAACACAACAACAACAACAACAAAAAUUACAAUAUCAAAAAACAAGCAAACAAAAAAAACAUUUAUCUUAACUGCUAUAAUCCCACUUUUGUUAUCAUUGUUGAGUGACUUCCUCAAAUCCCCCUGGUUGAGUUUCCAUAUGGCUCAUUGCAGCAGUUUUCCAACACUAUUUUCAUAUAAGAUUUACUUGUUCAAUUAACAUCUUUCUUUCUUUUCAUUUUGACUUCUAUCCAUGAUAUUAUACAAUUUUACAUAU